UUCAAAAUCAUUUCACUGAAAGCCAUAUUCAUCAGUUCCACAAAAAUUCUACAGAAAAAUAUACUGCCGAGCAGAUCCAUAGAGAAAAAAUCGAAGAAUUUUCUGCAAAAAUUGUUCGAAAAUGCCUGUUCCAGUAGUAGACGAAGAAGAAUUGCAGCAAAAAUUGACUGAAAAAGUUGCUAGGGUUUUAGACGAUGCUCGAUCGUCCCACGCAACGCAUCUACGGAAGCUCAAGGAACUUUUAGCUCUCCGGUCUGCUACGAAGUCGCCGGAGAAGUUUUUCAGUGCAUUCUCGAGAGCGUUAACGCCUAUAUUUGACUUUCAGCGUCGUACUGCCUCCGCUGAACGAAUCAUUAGAUUCGUCACUGUUUUCGCUGCUGCUCGUGAUGCUAAAAGUACUUCGGAUUGUGAUGAAUUUUUGGAGAGAUUUCUUAAGUUUUUGCUUGUGGCAGCUGUAGCAGCCAAUAAGACUGCUAGGAUUAGGGCUUGCCAGAUAAUUUCUGAGAUCAUAAUACGAUUGCCAGAUGACACAGAAGUCAGCUCUGAACUUUGGGAUGAAGUUUUAGAGUGCAUGAAGUUGCGUGUUGGUGAUAAGGUUGCCGCUGUCCGUACUUUUUCAGUGAGGGCACUUUCACGGUUCGUGAAUGACACAGAAAAUGUUGACAUUUUAGAACUAUUUCUGGAGAUACUUCCUCUUGAACAAAACAUGGAUGUCCGUAGAACAAUUGUCUUAUGCCUUCCACCAUCUCAUGCAUCUUCUGCAGCAAUAAUUGAGUGUACCCUGGAUGUGAGUGAAUCUGUACGCAAAGCAGCUUAUUGCGUUAUUGCUAGUAAAUUUCCUCUGCAGAGCCUCAGCAUCAAGCUCAGAACACUUAUUUUGGAGAGGGGACUUGCUGAUCGUGCUUCAUCUGUUGUAAAGGAGUGCUCUAAUAUGCUGAAAGAUGAGUGGCUCACCAAGUGUUGCAAUGGGGACCCGCUAUUACUACUUAAAUAUCUUGAUGUGGAAACAUAUGAAUCAGUCGGAGAGUCUGCAAUGGGCAGUCUACUAAAAGCAGGAUUGAUUAAGUUACAAGAUGGUCAAAGUAUGAGGCAAUUUCUUAGAUCAAAUAAUGACACUGUCGCAGUCGAAGGUCAAUGCAAUCUUAGCAUCCAACUCAUGGAAGCAGAAGUUGCUUUCUUCUGGAGAGCUGUCUGUAAGCACUUGCAAAUGGAGGCACAAGCAAAGGGCUCUGAAGCUGCUACAACAACGGGCACAGAAUCUGCUGUAUAUGCAGCAGAAGCAUCAGAUAAAAAUGAUCUUCUUGACAGAGUACUUCCUGCUUCUAUUGGUGAUUAUGUUGAAUUGAUUAAAGGUCACACAGUAGCAGGAAUCAAUUACCGAUUUGUCUCUCGCCAGCUGCUAUUGCUUGGUGCGAUGCUUGAUUUUUCUGACAUUACCAACAGAAGAGUUGCAAAUGGAUUUCUGCAAGAGUUGCUUCACAUACCUCCUGAUCAUGAAUUAGAUGAGCAUGACAAUGAGGUUGUCAUAGGAGAUGGUAUCAAUCUUGGUGGUGAUAAAGAUUGGGCUGCUGCUGUGGCAGAGUUGACAAGAAAAGUCCAUUCAGCUCCAGGAGAAUUUGAAGAAGUAGUUUUACGGGUAGUGGAGGAACUUGCAAGACCUUGCAGAGAGAGAACUGCGGACUUCAUGCAGUGGUUGCACUGUCUUGCUGUGAUUAGCCUUCUCUUAGAACAUGCUCAGUCUUUUCGCUGGAUGCAUGGGAAAGCAAUAGAACCAACUGAAGUUUUGCAUUCUCUAUUGCUUCCUGGGGCAAAACAUGUCCACUUAGAUGUUCAGAGGGCUGCUAUUAGAUGCCUUGGUCUGUUUGGAUUGUUAGAAAGGAGACCCAGUGAAGAUUUAGUGAAGCAACUAAGAUCUUCUUUUGUUAAGGGUCCCUCUUCAAUUACUGUUAUGGCUUCUAAGGCAUUGAUUGACCUUGGAUUGUGGCAUGGUCCUAAUAUAGUUGAUAAAGCAAUGAACCUGGAUCUCUCAUCACAACUCCAAAAUCAUAAAAUAAAUUUAUCUGAUAUCAAAUUCAGCAUUGGAAGUGAGGAUAUGGAGAUAGAAUUACUUGACCUGUUAUAUGCUGGAUUGGAGAAGCACAAUUCAGGUGAUUCUGAUGAUGGUGAUGAACAUGAGACAGUUCAAACAGUUCUUGGUGAGGGAUUUGCUAAGAUGCUUCUGCUAAGUAAGAAGUAUCCAAACAUACCUACAUUGUCAAAUCCCCUGCUAUUAGCUAAGCUCAUAAGCUUGUAUUUCUGUAGUGAGAAUAAGGAACUUGAGAGGUUAAAGCAGUGCCUUUCUGUAUUCUUUGAGCAUUAUCCAUCCCUCUCGUUAAAUCACAAGAAAUGUUUAUCCAAGGCUUUCAUGCCAGUUAUGCGCUCUUUGUGGCCAGGCAUCAAUGGCAAUGCCACAGGAUCUUCAUUCAUGGUCUCUAACAUGCGAAAGCGUGCUGCCCAAGCAUCACGGUUUAUGGUUCAAAUGAUGCAGGCUCCCUUGUAUUAUGAGGAAACUGCACCAGCCAACGAAAAUGAUAAUGAAAACCACAACGAUUCAGCUGAACCUUCUUCUGUGCAUGAGAGUGGGGAAGAAGGGCUUGCAAUCCGUAUUGCUGUCGAGGUUGCCAGCUUCCAUGAAAAGAAGACAGCUUCAGAGAAAGCAUACGUUUCUGCAUUGUGCAAGACACUAUUCUUGCUUCACUUUAGACCGACAGAACAAGAGGCUGUUAAGUUAAUGAGGCAGCUGUUGAAUCGUGUUUCCUUACUAGCUGAAAAAGAGCUUCUGAAGGAGUUGAAACAGAUGGCUGAAAGAUUAAAGGGUUUAGACAAAUCUCCCGACCAGAAGCUAUCAUCUGAUGAAGUUAAACUUAUAUUAGGAAAGUUGGAUCUUGAUAUUGUACUCGAUGAAGAUGAGUCGAUGGAAGUACUGCCAACUCCAGCGCCAAAAUCAACUAGAACAACUCGUACAAGGAGACGAGCUAAGGAAGUAGACGAAUCUUCAUCAGAUGAGGAAUUUGCGCAAUCUGUUGUUCCAACACAUCCUGUUGUAACGAGUACUCGGUCACAGAGGGCUAGCAAGACUGCAGCAUUGUCAAAGAUGACCAUCAAAAGCACUAUAAAAAUCGAUGAAUAUGAUGACGAGGAAGAUGAAGAAGAGGCGGCAGAUUCUCAGUCUGAAGUUACAUCUGAUGAUGAUUCCGAUGUAUAGGUCAUUCUUUCGCAUACAGGUUUUUCAAGUUUUUAUCUUAUGCCAAUAUAUUACUUCAUUAAUUAAUAUUUACUCUAUAAAACAUAA